AUGGAUGAGAACCAGGGUGACGAGCUGUACCCCAUCGCAGUUCUGAUUGAUGAGCUGAAGCACGACGAUGUCCUUCUCCGCCUCAACGCCAUCAGGAGACUGUCCACCAUUGCCCUAGCUUUGGGCGCCGAGAGGACGCGGGACGAGUUGAUACCAUUCCUUGAUGAGUCGGUGGAAGACGAGGAUGAGGUCCUCACCGCCCUCAGCGAGGAGCUGGGCAACUUUGUCGAGUACGUCGGCGGACCAGACUAUGGGCACGUGCUCCUCUCACCCCUCGAGAAUUUGGCCACGAUAGAAGAGCCGCUCGUGCGUGACAAAGCCGUCGAGUCGCUCAACAAAAUCUGCGACCAGCUCUCGCAGCAACAAGUCGAGCAAUACUUCAUCCCCCUCACCGUCCGCCUAUCCAAAGCCGACUGGUUCACGUCUAAAAUCUCGGCCGCAGGUCUGUACACCACACCCUACCACCACGUCACCCCACAAUCGCAAGAAGGACUACGACAGCAAUUCGCACAGCUCGUCCACGAUGACACGCCCAUGGUACGGAGGCAAGCUGCGACCAACCUCGCCAAAUUUGUAAAGGAGAUGCCGGCCGCGAUUGUGAUUGAAGAGAUGAUACCACUAUUCCAGCACUUGGCUGCGGAUGAUCAGGAUAGUGUGCGACUACUGACCGUGGAUGUGCUGAUUGCCAUUGCUGAGGCAGUGCCGAAAGAGCAGCAGAGCAGUCAUGGCGUGCUUCUGACUGCUCUGAGGAGUUUGUUCGAGGACAAGAGCUGGAGGGUACGAUAUAUGGUUGCCGAUAGAUUCGAGAAGAUUGCCAAGGCUGUGGACGAGGAGGUCAUUUCUCGUGAUCUGGUCCCUGCCUUCGUGAAGCUGUUGAAGGAUACGGAGGCCGAAGUCAGGAGCGCGAUUGCGGGCCAGAUACCUGGCUUCUGCCAACUCGUGGACCGUCAAACCUUACUCUCAGACAUCAUGCCCGCGAUCGAAGAGCUUGUGUCCGACUCCUCCCAGCACGUCCGCGCAGCCUUUGGCACCCAGAUCUCCGGCCUGGCCCCGAUCCUCGGCAAGCAAGAAACCACCGAGCACCUCCUCCCAAUGUUCCUGCAAAUGCUGAAAGAUGACUUCCCCGACGUCCGUCUGAACAUCAUCUCCAAGCUCGAGCAAGUCAACAAUGUCAUCGGCAUCGAGCUCCUCUCUCAAAGCCUCCUCCCCGCCAUCGUCCAACUGGCCGAGGACAAACAGUGGCGUGUGCGACUGGCGAUUAUCCAGCAUGUGCCCCUCCUCGCCAGUCAACUGGGGGUCAAGUUCUUCGACGAGAAACUUUCUUCCCUCUGUAUGUCCUGGCUCGGCGACACGGUCUUCAGUAUCCGGGAAGCGAGCACGCAGAAUCUGCAGAAGUUGACCGAGGUUUUUGGCGUGCAGUGGGCUUCCACGGCCAUUGUGCCCAAGGUGGCGGCUAUGGCGGAGCAUCCGAAUUAUCUUUAUCGGAUGACGACGUGUUUUGCUGUUUCGACACUCGCCCCCGCCCUCUCCUUCCCCACCCUCUCCCGCAGCCUCCUGCCGAUCCUCCACCAACUCGUCGAGGACCCGAUCCCCAAUAUCCGCUUCAACGUGGCGAAAUCCUACGCCGUGCUCAUCGACAUCUUCAAGCGUUUGCCGGACGAUAACGUCACGCUUAUGCAAUUGGAGAAGGAUGGUGGGAGUGGUGCGAGCAGUGGUGGUAUGGGUGGGGGGGGGAUGGGCAUGUCGAAGGGAGAGGAGGUUAUUAGAGGGGAGAUCAUGCCGCCGUUGGAGAAGUUGAUGAGGGAUGAGGAUGUUGAUGUGAGGUUUUUUGCUACGGUGGCUGGGAAGGGGUGGGGGGAUGCUGUUGGUGGGGGCGGGGGUGGGGGGUUGGGUGGGAGUGCUAUGGAGACUUGA